GGUGGUCCCGUCGCGCUAAUCGAGAACGCAAUGCAUCACCGUAUCAACUUUCUGGCGAUAUUGUGUGGUUACGUCUCGGUGUGGUUUAUGCAAGCCCUGCUUCUUUACCGAUGUUUUGUGAUAUGGAAUUGGACGAGACACGUGAUGAUCCCCAUGGUUGCCCUCUAUAUUGGCUUGAUUGUGGCUAUUGUCAUCUUGGUCCAGGAGGGUACCGGUGCUAUAUUUUACGAUGCCGAAACCGCUCUUGCGUACCUUGCCUUCCAAGUGGUGCUCACCGUGCUCUACACCACUCUCGUGACGAAACGUUUGCUCUCUAUACGAGGCCAGAUGAAGCAAGCCUUGGCCGAAUAUGAUUCUGGCCCCUAUGUUACCAUCAUCAUCAUGGUCGUCGAGUCCGCCAUGUCAUACACUAUCUUCAUCAUUUUCUUUAUAGUCGUAUUUGCUAUGGAUUUAAACACUCUCUCCACUAUAUGCUUCCUGUCUAUCAACCCAAUUCAGGGCAUUACGCAAUUAUUCAUCAUCAUACGUGUGGCACGGGGAAGGGCAGUUACACACGAGUGGUCGACCCGAGUUACUGCAGCACCUACGACUCUAGCAUUCGCA